CCGGACGACAAACUGUGACGUACGAGACUCGCUAGUGUGUGUGCUGCAGUCAAAUGUGUCCAGCUCAGUAAGCAUAGAUAGACUGUCAGUAAGUGGGUGAAAGGUCCAGCAGUAAGCAGGGGCAUACUUAACAGUUUCUCUUACAGCUGCGGCCGACCAGCGUCCAAAGUCCAAAAUGUCGAAACAGCCGCAGCCAAUCAGUCCCCUGAAGAACUUCUUCGCUGGAGGUUUCGGUGGCGUCUGCCUCGUCUUUGCGGGUCACCCUCUCGACACCAUUAAAGUGCGUUUACAGACUCAACCAAAGCCCAAACCGGGAGAGAGCGUCAUGUAUGCAGGAACCAUUGAUUGCUUCAAAAAGACUUUAGCCAAAGAGGGUGUGAAGGGGCUCUACAAAGGCAUGGCGGCCCCCAUCAUCGGAGUCACGCCCAUGUUUGCCGUGUGUUUCUUUGGAUUCGGUCUAGGCAAAAAGCUGCAGCAAAAAAGCCCCGGUGAUAUCCUCACGUAUCCGCAACUGUUUGCUGCUGGUAUGUUGUCCGGCAUCUUCACCACGGCCAUCAUGACUCCUGGAGAGCGCAUCAAAUGCCUCCUGCAGAUCCAGGCAUCAUCCGGGCAGGUGAAGUACGCCGGGCCGAUGGACUGUGUCAAACAGCUCUACAGGGAGUCUGGCAUUCGAGGAAUCUACAAAGGCACCGCACUCACGCUCAUGAGAGAUGUUCCAGCAAGCGGGAUGUACUUCAUGUCAUACGAGUGGUUGAAGAACCUCCUCACUCCAGCAGGAAAAAGCCACAAUGAGCUUAGCAUUCCCAGCGUGCUCUUCGCCGGAGGGAUGGCCGGCAUCUUCAACUGGGCCGUGGCCAUUCCGCCCGACGUGCUCAAGUCCCGCUUCCAGACGGCUCCUGAAGGAAAGUAUCCGAAUGGUUUCCGUGACGUUCUGCGUGAGCUGAUCAGAGAGGAGGGCAUCGGCUCCUUGUACAAAGGCUUCAAUGCCGUCAUGCUUCGAGCUUUUCCUGCCAACGCCGCUUGCUUCUUGGGAUUCGAACUAGCGAUGAAAUUCCUCAACUGGGUGGCGCCCAACCUGUGAUGAAAGCUUGACGACAGUGCAUGAUUGAUGAGUGCACACCCAAACAGUACCAUUUUAACAUAUGAUUGUCUUUUGGAGGAAAGACGAUAGCUCGCAAAAAAACACAUUUUCUCAAACAGUGGCCGCAGUUCAUCGCUUGAUGCGUCGUCCACUUGAAUGAAAUAGGCGCCUUUUCAAAACGGGUAGGGAAUGCUGGGUUUAUAAUUUAUAGUUCACACCCUGACAGGAAAGAGUUAACAGCUGAGACCAUUUGAUCUCUGUCGCUACCCAAAACAGCAGCACCCAACAUAAACAUUCUUCUGUAACCUUGCGUUAUGUGUGAAGCGGCACACAUAACACCCCCACACCAUUCCAUCGCCCCUGUGUCGUUUUUUUUUUUUUUUUGUUCCCGGGUAGCGGCACGUGUGCUUCGUACUUCGCUGCAUUUUCUCUAAAAACCCAACAUUUUUUAACGCAUACUCUAAUGCUAAUACAACAUUUUUAUUUUUUUAAGGCUUGAAUGUGGGAAUUGAUUAAUCAUGUCUCCUGGGGAUUGAGGUGCACUACUUGGCUGCAGCCAGCAGAGGCGCUGUUGUGAUUCAAGCUAUGUUCACAACAAUGCGGAUGUGUUAAAAAGGCAUGUUAUUCUGUACGUUUUGACCUUUGCACACACAAAUGCAGGUUUUUGUCCUUAAAGACAGACCUUUUUAGAAAGCUCUGCCCAGGGAGAAGAUUGGAAAAAAACAAACAAACAAACUCCGGCCUCAGUGUUUGUGUGCGGGAAAAAAAGGAUUUUAUUGAUUUACGGGUGCAUAGGAAAUUUAGAAACAAAAACCAUUCAUGGAGUUUUCUGGGCUGUGUGUAAAUGAGUGCUGAUUUGAAAGAUAACGUACACAUCAUUGAACAUCUAAUAUCACUUUAUUGAUGAACAGAUGCAUUAUAAUGCUCAACCAAGUCACAUGUGGUUGCUUUUUCAGGAUUGUGAUCGGACAAAAUCAGCUUGACAGCCGGUGAAUGUGUUUUUUUAUGUGGACAGACUUUUUUUUUUAAUUUUUAAACUCCACCGGAGAGGAUUACUUUAACACCGUAAUGGGGGAAUAUGCGUGUUUGUGUGGACAUGGCCUCAGUUUCAGCUAGUUUGCUGUCUUUGGGGUAUUGGACUAAAGCCACGCUAUGGCACACUUCCUUCAGGAGGCAUGGAAACAGGAGUUCAGAACAUUCAGGGACAAUCUGGUUAAAAAAAAAAAAAAAAAACCUCUAUAGUGUGGAAAUUCAGUCAAAUGCCUGUUUUAUAAUAUAUUAUAUUACAACAUAAAAAAAAUAUAGUACCAUUAAAAUGUUUGGAGACACUUUCCCAUGCUGUUGAAUGAGAAAGUGUUUCCAAACCUUUGACUGGCGCUAAUAUAUCAAUAAUAGCAAUAAAUAAAUUAUAUAUAAAUAUACACACACAUACGUGUAUUUUAAAUUUAUAUUAAAGGCAGAAUUUACUUUUGGCUGGCAUUAAUAUGUAAAUAUAAAUAAUUUAUGUAUAUUCAAGAGUUUUAUUGUCAUAUGCACAGUAAAACAGGUAGUUAUACUACGCAAUGAAAUUCUUAUUCUGUUCAUUCUCCCUAAAAAUAAAUAAAUAUAUAUAUAUAUAUAUAUAUAUAUAUAUAUAUAUAUAUAUACACACACACGUGUAUAUACAGUAUGUAUGUAUGUACAGUAUAUAUAUAAAAUUUAGAUAUUAAAGGCAGAAUCAAGUACCAUUACGCCACCAGGAGGAUAUCUACAGUAUAUAAAAAUGCCCAUAUUUAUAAUAUAACAUUUUUAGCGCCUUAGCAUUAGUAGACGCCAGGUCCUCUCUGCAGCUGAGUCUGUGGCCACUGUUUGAGAAAGGGAUAAAACGUGGAAUAUUCUCACUCCUUUUGGUUGGUAGUUGUAUUUCCUUCUGCAGUGUCUUUCUAAGAAGCAGUGCAGGAGUUGAACAUUUGGUGCCUUACCGCUCUGCCUUCUGUGAGCAGGUGAACAUAUCAGGGACAAGGUACAUUUCUUUUUAUAGUGUGUGUGUGUCAGCAAUACAACACACACACACACUUCACAGUGGGUGAGAUUGAUUGAGCACUAUAUGAAUGUUAGCGUGUAGAAAGAAAACAUUUCUGUGUGUAAUGUGACUUUUUAAGGAUGUGUAGCCGUCCAAUGGCGGUGCAUAA